AUGCUACACUCGGCCACCCCAAAUAACAACUCCAAGCUCAUCUUCGCCCCCGGCGACACCUCCUCCGACGCCUCCCACCCAACCCGAGCCGCCCAAUUCAAGAUCGGCACCCUCCAACGCCACGACCUCUCCCCCUCCCCCUUCACCCAAUUCCACACCUGGUUCACCCACCCUACACUCGCCUCCACCAUCCCCGAGACCUGCACGCUCAGCACGGCCUCGCUCCCCUCGGGCCGCGUCUCCGCCCGCAUGGUCUACCUCAAAGAGCUAGACUCCCGCGGCUUCGUCGUCUACUCCAACUGGGGCACGAGCGCCAAGUCGCGCGACCUGGCCGCCAACCCCUGGGCGAGCCUGACGUUCUGGUGGAAGCCGCUGGAGCGGCAGGUGCGCGUCGAGGGCCGGACCGAACGGCUGACGAGUGAGGACAGUCAGCGGUAUUUCGACACGAGGGCGAGGGGGAGCAGGAUCGGCGCGUGGGCGAGCCAGCAGAGCGAGGUACUGGCGCCGGUGGAGGGGGAGGGGACGGAGGAGGGAGAUGAUGAUGAUGGGCGGAAGAUGCUGGAGGGCUGGGUGAGGGAAGUGGAAGAGCGUUUUGACGGGCAGGACAAGAUUCCCGUGCCGCCGUUCUGGGGCGGCCUGAGGAUUUUGCCCGAGACGGUCGAGUUCUGGCAGGGGCGGGAGAGUCGACUGCAUGACCGCUUCAGGUAUACGAGGAUGGAAGAGAAUCAUGAGCAGUGGAAGAUCGAGAGGUUAAGUCCGUAA